AUGCAAGAACAAUUGGAUAAAAUCCAACAAGACGCGCUGGAAUCCCAAAAAAUUAUGAGCCAACUGGCACAAUUAUUGGCUGAUAAAGGAAAGAGCCCCCCAAUUAAUUCGGGAGUUGAUCAGGAGGACCCUGUUUAUCCUCCAGGUUUUACCCCGACAAGCACUCAGGCACAGCUGGAGAUGUGCCCCCAAAGAGCACCUGUGACUAUUGGACCUCAAUAUCGGGCCGGUGCCUCGGUACCAAUGCACUUUAAAGUAGGCUCAGGUUCUAAUCCCGGGGACAACCCUACCAACCCUGUGGUCCCUGAUCUCGAUGACAUGACAGAAAUGGAAAAAGUAAGAAUGGACUUGCCAAAACAACUCGAGGACUGGUGUAGAUGGCUAGAGGAGAAAUUUAGAGCCAUGGAGAACACCGACUACCAAUGUGGAGUUGACGCCAAAGAUUUAAGUUUGGUUCCUGAUUUAGUGCUUCCUCCUAAAUUCAAGAUGCCGGAGUUUGAAAAAUACAAUGGGACUAAUUGUCCUGAAGCUCAUAUAACUAUGUUUUGUCGAAGAAUGACAGGAUACGUCAACAAUGAUCAACUGUUAAUCCAUUGCUUCCAGGACAGUUUGAUCGGGUCUGCAGCCAAGUGGUACAACCAGCUGAGUCGUGCUAAAAUUAGUUCGUGGAGAGACUUAGCGCGAGCUUUUAUGAAGAAAUAUAGUCAUGUGACGGAUAUAACACCCGAUAGAAAUACGUUAUAAAACAUGGAAAAGAAACAAAACGAGAGUUUCAGGCAAUACGCCCAACGAUGGAGGGAGGUGGCAACGCAAGUCCAGCCACCCCUUUUGGAAAAAGAGGUCACCAUGCUUUUUAUUAAUACAUUGAAGGCCCCAUUCAUCAACCUCAUGUUGGGGAAUGCUACCAAGAGCUUCUCGGAUAUGGUAAUGUCCGGUGAAAUGAUUGAAAAUGCAAUAAGAAGUGGUAAAAUAGACGCGGGGGAAAGUUCCAAAAGACCAGCCCCAAGGAAAAAAGAAAGCGAGGUAAAUAACAUAAGUACAUACAGCAAAGGUUAUUCAAAAGUGAUCACUAUUGGCCCUCCAAAAAUGAUAGCCACUGGUCACCAGGCCCCCUCAAGGCAAGAACCCAACACAAGGCCCAACACAAGGCCUAACACAGAGAGACUUCAAUUCACGCCCAUUCCAAUAACAUACGAGGAACUGUAUCAGAAGCUAUUUGAUACACACGUAGUAUCUCCAUUUUAUCUAGAACCCAUGCAACCUCCAUACCCCAAAUGGUAUGACAUGAAUGCCCAAUGUGAAUACCAUGCAGGGAUACCAGGGCACUCAAUUGAGAAUUGCACUGGGUUUAAAAAGGCGGUGGAAAGGCUCAUUAAGAUGGGGAUCGUGAAGUUUGACAACCCAUCUGGACUAAACGUAGCAGUGAAUCUGUUACCCAAUCAUUCUGAUAAAGGGACAAAUAUAAAAGGAGGUCUAAUCAAGCAAAAAUCAAAGGAAAGGCCCGAAGGAAUAAAGAAAUAUUGCGAGUUCCACGCUAAAGAGGGCCAUGACAUUCAAAACUGCACUGAAAUCAGGGCCAUGGUACAAAACCUGAUGAACAACAAAGAGCUAGAAUUUUAUGAAGAGAUCAAAGGACUAGAAGAAGGAGAAGUUUUUGCCUCGGAGGAGGGACAUACAGGUAAAGCCCAAAAUCGCCCAGUGGUGAUUAUUUCAGGGCCAAGGAGCACAGGAUCUGGAAUACAAAUGGCGCCAAGGGUCGUAAUCCAGAAACCGGUACCUUUUCCUUACAAUGAUAGCAAAAGGGUUCCUUGGAAUUAUGAUUGCAACGUGACAAUCCCGAGAGAGGAAAGCCCGGUAAACGCUUCAAAAGAGGGUGAUGAUGUAGGCUUUCAUACACGUAGUGGAAAACGCUACGACUCGGCAAAUACAAAAAAGGAGGCUAUGAAGGGAAAAGCCCUGGCGGUUGAACAAGAUAAAAUAAAGACGGCCAGAAUUGAAUCGCAUGUUAACAAACCGGUGACUGAAAAUGAGGCUAAAGAGUUCUUAAAAUUCUUGAAGCAUAGCGAGUAUAGCGUGGUGGAACAACUGCAUAAACAACCGGCUCGCAUCUCAGUGCUCGAGUUACUUCUAAGUUUAGAGACACAUCGUAAUGCGUUGAUAAAAGUGCUAAAUGAGACUUAUGUUGCUAGCGAUAUCUCAGUGAACAAGCUGGAUCGCCUGGUUAACAAUAUAAAUGCCGACAACUUCAUCUUCUUCAACGAUGAUGAGAUCCCGCCAGGUGGCAUGGGAUCUACCAAGGCCUUGCACAUCACCGCCCGUUAUAAGGGAUGCACACUACCGGGGGUACUCAUUGACAAUGGAUCGGCACUAAAUGUUUUACCCCUGUCUACAAUAAACAGGCUACCUGUGGACAGUUCUCACAUGAAAUCAUGCCAAAAUAUAGUGAGAGCAUUUGAUGGUACUGAGAGGAAAGUGAUGGGAAGAAUAGAGAUCCCCCUCUUGAUUGGCCCAAAUAUAUACGAGGUGGAUUUCCUAGUAAUGGAUAUCAAACCAUCUUACAAUUGCCUAUUGGGGAGGCCUUGGAUCCAUUCUGCAGGGGCUGUACCGUCGUCACUCCAUCAAAAGUUGAAAUUGGUAAUAGAUGGCCGAUUAGUAACCAUAGGGGUAGAAGAAGACAUCAUUGUAUCAGUUGCCAAUGACACGCCAUAUAUAGAGGCCGAUAGUGAAACGAUAGAAUGUUCAUUCCGAUCAUUGGGAUUCCUAACAAUGGGAAAGGGAGCGUUGCCUGGAAGAGGACUUGGAAAAUACCUCCAGGGAUGGGUCGAAGUACCAAUCUUGGUUAACAAACAGGACCGUUGCGGUUUGGGGUAUAAGCUUGAUGCAAGGGAAAGAAAGAAGGAAUUGGAGAAAAAGCGGGAGAAAAGAAGAGCACAUUUGAGCGGGAUGGAAACCAAAUGGGAACCAAUGACCUUUCCCCAUAUAUCUAAGACAUUUGUGUCAGGGGGAAUUGUCUACCCCGAAGGAAAGAAUGAAGUUACGGAAGGAAGGACCAGAAGGUUGGACAUCAAUGCCAUAUUUGACGAGGAAAGGGUGGAAAGAAAUUUAUUGGGCAUUCGCCCUUAUGAACCUGGAAGUGUUUUGAACAACUGGAUUGCAGAGGAGAUCCCUGUAACAUUUAGGACCAUUUCAGAGUCUUCAGAUAUCAACGAGAUGAGCGACACUGUUGCUAACUCAAAGUCCCUAUUUGAACAAGACAUGAGUAUGGAUGAUCCUCAGGAUUUUGAAGAUGACCAAGGCAGUGUUUUAUCUCCAGAUUUGUUAAGAAUGGUGGAGGAAGAAGAAAAACAAAUCCUACCCUAUAAGGAAUCAGUAGAAGUCGUGAGCUUAGAAGAGGGCAGAUAGGUAAAAAUUGGCGCUUGCAUUACCAAGGAAACAAGGCAAGACCUCGUUGGGUUGCUUGAAGAGUUUAAAGAUGUUUUCGCAUGGUCCUACCAAGAUAUGCCAGGGUUAAGUACUGAUAUCGUGGUACACCGACUGCCUAUAAAAAAGGAAUGCAAACCAGUUCAACAAAAGGUCCGAAGGAUGAGGCUUGACGUUCUGCUGAAAAUAAAAAAAGAAGUUAAGAAGCAGUUUGAUGCUGGUUUCUUACAGGUGGUCAAGUAUUCAGAAUGGGUAGCCAAUAUAGUCCCUGUUCCUAAGAAAAAUGGGAAGGUGCGAAUGUGUGUGGACUACCGGGAUUUGAACAAGGCCAGUCCCAAAGAUAAUUUUCCAUUACCCCAUAUCGAUGCCUUAGUGGACAACACGGCCCGAUACUCACUGUUCUCUUUCAUGGAUGGUUUCUCCGGGUACAAUCAAAUUAAGAUGCAUUCUGAAGACAUGAAGAAGACCACCUUCGUAAUAAUGUGGGGGACGUUUUGUUACAAAGUGAUGCCUUUUGUUAAAAAUGCAGGAGCAACGUAUCAGAGAGCCAUGGUAACAUUAUUCCAUGAUAUGAUGCAUAAAGAGAUAGAAGUUUAUGUUGAUGACAUGAUCGCAAAAUCCAGAACAGAAGGGGAACACGUGCAAGUUCUGAGAAAACUGUUUCUAAGGUUAAGGAAGUUCCAGCUAAAACUUAACCCAGCCAAGUGUACUUUCGGGGCUAGAUCAGGAAAGUUGCUAGGAUUCUUGGUCAGCGAAAAGGGAAUUGAAAUUGACCCAGACAAAGUUAAAGCCAUACAAGAAUUACCUCCGCCCCGUACUCAAAAAGAAGUUCGAGGUUUCCUAGGAAGAUUAAAUUACAUCGCUCGAUUCAUUUCACAGUUAACCGAGAAAUGUGACCCCAUCUUCCGUCUUCUUAGAAAACACAAUCCAGGUGUAUGGGACGGGAAGUGCCAGAAAGCUUUUGAAAAAGUUAAAUAUUACUUGUCCAACGUCCCAGUACUGAUGCCACCUUGCCCUGACAAUCCACUGAUUUUAUACUUGGCAGUGUUUGAAAAUUCCAUGGGGUGUGUGCUCGGCCAACAUAAUGAGUCAGGACGAAAAGAAAGAGCAAUCUACUAUCUUAGCAAGAAGUUCACUGAAUGUGAAACGAGAUACUCGGCAAUUGAAAAAUUAUGCUGCGCCUUGGUCUGGACUACUAGGAGAUUGAGACAAUACAUGUUGUACCCUACGACUUGGUUAAUCUCAAAGUUGGACCCUCUGAAAUACAUGAUGGAGUCAACCGCUCUAAACGGAAGGAUGGCCCGAUGGCAAAUUCUACUAUCUGAAUUUGACAUAACCUAUGUGAAUCAAAAGGCUGUAAAAGGGAUCGCGAUAGCAGAUUUUCUAGCUAGUAGAGCCCUGGAUGAUUAUGAGCCUUUGAACUUCAAUUUCCCAAAUGAAGAUCUGAUGUAUGUGGCAACUGCUGAAGCAAACACACAAGAAAGCAAUGUUUGGAAAUUAAACUUUGACGCAGCCUCAAAUGCUGUGGGCAACGGGAUUGGGGCAGUCUUGGUAUCUUCAGACGGUGAUCAUUAUCCGUUCACUAGUAAACUUGAUUUUGAUUGCACAAAUAACAUGGCGGAAUAUGAAGCAUGUAUCAUGGGAAUCCGUGCGGCUAUGGAACGUAAAAUCAAGGUACUUCAGGUAUAUGGGGAUUCGGCAUUGGUAAUUUAUCAGCUCAAAGGCGAAUGGGAAACAAGAGACCCCAAGUUGAUUAGUUAUCAAAGGCUGGUCCUAGAAUUAAUUGAGGAGUUUGACGACAUCACUUUUUGUUAUCUCCCACGAGAUGAGAAUCAGAUGGCCGACGCUUUGGCUACAUUGGCUUCCAUGAUAAAAAAAAAUAAACAAGAGGAUGUGAAGCCUAUACAAAUGAGCAUUUAUGAAGCUCCAGCCCACUGUUGCAACAUUGACAAUGAAGAAGGAAAAGAUGACCACCCUUGGUAUCAGGACAUAGUGCGAUACGUAAAAAAUUGCGAGUACCCAAACCAAGCAACUGAGAAUGACAAGAGAAUGUUGAGGAGGCUGGCUAGUGACUACGUCUUAGAUGGAGAAAUCCUGUACAAAAGAGGAAAGGAUCAGGUGCUAUUAAGAUGUGUGGACGCUGUGGAGGCUAAGCAAAUCUUGGAAGAAGUCCAUAAUGGUGUUUGUGGAACACACGCUAAUGGUUUCACAAUGGCUAGACAAAUCAUGAGAUUCGGAUAUUAUUGGUCUACCAUGGAAAGAGACUGCAUCAAAUAUGCUAAGAAGUGCCAUAAAUGCCAGAUUUACGGAGACAAAAUUCAUGUGCCUCCAUCACCUCUUCACGUCAUGACUUCUCCAUGGCCUUUCUCCAUGUGGGGAAUGGAUGUCAUUGGGCCAAUAUCACCGAAGGCUUCAAACGAACAUCGUUUCAUCUUUGUAGUGAUUGAUUACUUUACUAAAUGGGUAGAAGCUACUUCUUACGCCAAUGUCACGAAGGCAGCCGUCAGUAAGUUUCUACAAAAGGAAAUCAUAUGUCGGUAUGGAAUGCCCGAAAGGAUUAUAUCUGACAACGCAUUGAACUUGAACAAUAGCAUGAUCGCAGAAGUCUGUAGUCCAUUCAAGAUCAAGCACCACAACUCAUCACCAUAUCGUCCAAAAAUGAAUGGCGCGGUGGAGGCGGCCAAUAAGAAUAUCAAGAAGAUUGUGGGGAAAAUGACUGAGACCUAUAAAGAUUGGCACGAGAAGUUACCAUUCGCCCUCUAUGCUUAUCGAACGUCAGUCAGGACUUCCACCGGGGCAACACCAUUUUCUUUGGUUUAUGGAAUGGAGGCGGUGCUACCAAUUGAGGUAGAAAUCCCUUCUCUUCGAGUGUUAUCAGAGCUAAAGUUAGACGAGGCAGAAUGGGUCCAAUCCCGAUAUGACCAGCUAAACUUGAUUGAAGGAAAGAGGCUGAAAGCUGUCCGUCAUGGUCAAAUGUACCAAAAGCGAAUGAUACGAGCUUACAAUAAUAAAGUUCGUCCCAGGGACUUCCUUGAAGGGGACUUGGUAUUGAAGAAGAUCCUUCCCAUACAAAAAGACUUUAGAGGAAAGUGGAUGCCAAACUGGGAGGGACCUUAUGUAGUAAAGAAAGCCUUUUCGGGAGGGGCAUUAAUUUUAACCGAGAUGGAUGGCAAAAGCUUGCCCAAUCCUGUGAAUUCAGAUUCAGUGAAGAAGUACUUUGCCUAA